UCAAUAGCAUUCGCAAAGCAGCGAGCUCGCAUUUCUUUUGUUGCGGGCCUGAUGAGAUGUUUCUUUUAGAGAAUUUUAUGUCCAAUUUUCUGAUGGGAUAGGACGCGUGAUAAGCAAGCAUAAUCCACUCGCCCAAUGAUUGCGGCCUCUUUAAUGGACACGGGCGCGCAGACAAUGCGUGGUGCGGUCUGCUGGCACAAUAAUGUACCUGUUGGAUAUUGGAGCGCAUGUCUGCACGCGGCCGGGUGCAUUUAAAGAGAGGAAACGGGGGCGAGCAGCCCCGACGGACGAGUCUGUGCCGAGCGUUGGCGCCGCCAUGGCCUCCACCAACAGCACCAUGCCCAAGAUCCGCAGCCUCUACAUCAACUCGAGGAACAACACGGCGGCCAGGGUGUCCCAAAAUCCAACGCCCGAAGACAUGUGUGGCCGCUAUUUCGACGUCAUUAGCAUGCUGAACAAGUAUUACAUUCCGUUCAUCGUGGUCAUGGGCAUCUGCUGCAAUAUCUUGAAUUUCUACGUUUUCCUCAACUCGCACCUGAAGCACAGGAGUUCCAGCUAUUACCUGGCGGCUCUUGCCAUCGCGGACGUCGUCUUUCUCAUACCUUUGGGAGUGCUUUGGACGGAAGAUACGCUGGACGUGAAAAUGUUUAACAGGAGCGGGUGGUGCCAGCUGUACGUGUACAUGACGCACAUCUCGAGCUUCCUGAGCGUGUGGCUGACCGUUGCAUUCACCGUGGAGCGCUUCAUCGCGAUCCAGUUUCCGCUGCAGCGUCCGCACGUGUGCACGGUGGCGCGCGCCAAGAGCGUCGUGCUGGCGCUGACGCUGCUGGCGCUCGUGCUCAACGCACACACGCUGCUGACAGCCGGGCUGAGCACAGCGCAGGACGGCAAGCCGGAAUGCAACAUGCUGCCCGAGUACUCGGAGGUGAUGCGCAUCAUCACGCUGGUCGACAGCCUGCUGACGCUGGCCAUCCCCUCGGUGCUGCUCGUCUUCAUGAACGCGCUCAUCACCCGCAAACUCAUCCGUUUCAAUCACCGCUUCCAUGGCGACGACCAAAACGACGAGUCCACCGCCGAGACGGCCGUCACUGUUUCUACCCCCUUGGAGCAAAUAAGGCGGCAUCUGGGAUCGCAGCAUUCUCUGCACUCUGUCAGGACCAACAACACGCGACUCACUGCAAUCAGAACUGUCACUGAUGGUUCCCGGAGCAGCAAUCAGCGUUUUUCAUCUCACAACAAUGUAGUGACCGUCCAAACGCAAAGGGGCAUUACGAAGAUGCUGCUGGUGAUCUCAACCACUUUUCUAGUCUUGAACAUGCCGAGCUACGUGAUCCGCUUCUAUGUAAUAAUAUACACGUCUUUCUGGGGCGGACAGGUUCCCAUGGUCCUCUGGUGCGUCCAGCAGUUCUGCAUGAUCCUCUACUACACGAAUUUCAGCAUCAAUUUCAUUCUUUACUCUCUCUGCGGAUCCACAUUUAGACGGUGUAUUAUGCAAAUUUUGCGCAGGAAAUUAUGCGUCUGCUUUCCAUCUAAUUGCACUGAACGGAAUUAAAAAACUUUUGAUUUUUACUAGAAUAUUUUUUAUGUACUUUAAGACUAAAAUGUGUAUGUAUAGAUGCUUGUCUCUAAAUUUUCAAGUCAUAGGAGAAAUUAAAAAGAAUGAUAUAUUUACAGUGCAUGAUG